CGCGCGCAACGACAACGAGAGUGAAGUUGCUCUGAUUGUGCGCUGCUACUAGUGGACAGUUAGUGCGGAGCGUUGUGCCAGUACGGAUCGGGGGUUUUCGCGGCACCGAGUAGAGUACAGCAGCCUUGCAUUCAAUUUCCAGUUUGAAAAUAAUUAAAUUACAUCAUCCAAUCUACAUCGGGCUGGACUAAAUCCAAAUCAUCACCAUGCGGCGACUGGAGCUGACGGUGUUAAGUCUUCUACUGAUGACCUCUUGUCUGCAAGCCGUUCGCGCCAACGAGGAAGAUGACGAAGAUUUGCUUGACGAUAGCGCCGGUGAAGAAUUCGACGAAGACGAUGAAGCUCUGCUGAGACAAAUUGAAGCUCAGCACGUGCAAAAACAAUUCGAGAAGGAAGAUCAACUGGCCCGGGACCUGGCGGCUAAAAUCGCCGCCGAGCAUUAUAACUUCGAGGGCGUAGAAACUCUACCCCGGCUGGCCGAUCCGUGCAAGGGAGUGCGUUGCGGUGCCGGACGAAUUUGCCAAGCUGACGGUAACGAUCCCAAGUGCGUGUGUAUUCCCGAAUGUCCGGAGGAACCGGAUUCCAGGCGGAAGGUCUGUACCAAUCUGAACGAAACGUGGGACUCAGCUUGCGAGGUUCACCGACAACGUUGCCUCUGCAAUACGAACGAUGAACGGUGUCGUGGGGAGGAGGUCAAACACUUGCACAUUGACUACUACGGCGGAUGCCGAGACAUGCCGGACUGCUCGGAGAAUGAUCUUUCUGAUUUUCCGCGACGCAUGCGUGACUGGCUGUUCAACGUGAUGCGUGACUUGGCCGUGCGUAACGAGCUACCCGAAGCUUACAUGGAACUGGAGCAGGAAGCCGAAACCAAUCUGACCAAACGAUGGACAAAUGCCGCCAUCUGGAAAUGGUGCGAUUUGGAUGGCCAUCCGAACGACAACUCUGUCUCACGACAUGAACUGUUUCCUAUCCGGGCCCCACUGAUGACGCUGGAGCAUUGUAUUGCGCCGUUUUUGGAAACAUGCGACCCGAACGGGGACCACAGGAUCACCCUUCAGGAGUGGGGCAAGUGUUUGGAGCUGGAAGAGGAUGAUCUCACCGCUCGUUGCGCCAAAAUCAACAAGGAAGAUGAGUUCGAGAAGAUUGAGCUGGAGCUGGCAGAUCCCAAUUAAACGUGCUAUAUGUUAAGAAACUGUUAGAUUCUUUCUUUUUUCAUCAGUUUAACGAAUGAUGACAUCGAUUUAGCUUCUAGCGUUGAUCCAACACGGAUACCUACUUCUACGACCUACUUUGUGUAUAUCUCUGCAGUUCACAAAUGUCUAGUGCUUAAUUGAGAGUUGUGUCACAUUUCUUCUAUAGAUAAGCCGGAUGUAUAAUUGAAUAAUUCCUUACGACGAGUGUGUAAGUUCAGAACAAUAAAAAUUUAGAAUCAA